AGGUGGAAAAGGUGAUGCCCAAUGACACAUUUUAUUUCACUAUCCUACGGAACCCUGUCUCACAAAUGGAAUCAUCCUUCUCGUACUAUAAGGGUAUGGAUAUAUUCUGGAAACCUAAAAGCCUAGAAGAAUUUCUGAGCAACACUUCUACGUAUUAUAAUAGGAGUAGUACAAACAGCCAUUACGCCAAGAAUUUCAUGGCAUUUGAUUUGGGCUUUAACCACAAUGGCUGGGAAUCUGCAAAGAACUUUAAGUUGAUAUGUCAGGCAGUGGAUAUCAUGUUUGAUCUGGUGCUAAUUUCAGAGUAUUUUGAUGAAUCUUUGGUGCUUUUGAAGAAUGCUCUUUGCUGGACAUUUGAUGAUGUUCUAUCAAUUCCUCUUAACAGUAGGAGUAACAAAACGAAAAAAUCCCUCUCUGAAGAAAUCCAGUAUAAAAUUCAGAGCUGGAAUCAGUUAGACUGGCAUCUUUACGUAUACUUUAACAGGACUUUCUGGAAUCAAGUGGAGAAGUUUGGAAGGAAGAGAAUGGAGCAUGAAGUAAAGGAACUUCGGAGAAGGAGGGCAGAAAUAACUAAAUUCUGCUUCCAAGGUGAAGUGGACCCAGACAAAGUAAAAGACAAGUUUCUGAAACCCUUUCAAGCAGGAAUAGCCAAGAUCCUUGGUUACAACCUAAAGCCAGGACUGAAAGAAGACAAGGAUUUUUGUCAGAAACUGGUUACCCCAGAAUUACAAUACUCUAAAUUGUUGUGGAAGAAGAUCCAAAUGCAUAGCCCUCCUAAAGGAAGAGAGAGUACAGGAUUAGGGGUCAAUAAGCAUUCUAACAAUUUGUUUUCAGGUCUAGUUAAACAAGAACGAGCAUAUUCCUACAAGAAUCACUCAAAUUCCACAAUUGGCUCAUAGCAAUAAAUAUUAAUAUAGGUAUUUCUUGUAGCAGAAGUAUAAAAAAAAAGUAUUUUAUUAUGUAUGGAACAAUAGCUUGAAGAAAUAAUGUUGCAGCCUGAAAAUGUG